ACGCGUAAUGAAGAGGGGAUCGGAGGGAGUUUGGAGGAGGAGGGGUCUCGAGCGUGAAAGAGCCGGAGGGACAAAGACAUGCAGCAUGCAACAGGACUCCGAGAGCAGAAAACACACUUCAGACAACACGCAAAACCUAAAAACAGGAGGAUUAUUUCACGAAAACCAAUGCGCAACCGGAUAGCAGCAGAUUGAACCGAUCACACGGAGAACAUCUGAACUUUCAGCCUCGUUGUGGAGUAAACGCAGACAAACAUGGUAUGCUUUCACGUUGCAUUCCAACUGAAGUGCACGAGAUUGAUGCAAGCAUGCACCUAAUCUGAGUUCGCAUGCAAUAUGGAGAGCAGCAUCGUUCCCGUCGCGUUCCUCUCGUUUGUGAUGAUGCUGGAGGCGCAGAUGGUUUGCUGGCACGCGCUGAUGCGAUGUCAUGAAGAGCGUGAUUGUGAGCUCGCAUAUAACCAGUAUUUGACGGCAUGCGAUGGGAUCAUCCGAGGAAGCAGACGCCAGUGUCCAAGCCACUGCAUCAGCGCGCUCAUCCGCCUCAACCAGACCACAGACGGCCCGUUACUAGAGACCUGUGACUGCGGGACCGACCCCGAGUGUCUGCGGGCCAAGCGCGCCGUGGAGCCCUGUCUGCCGCGGACACAUCCGGGUGAUGCCGAGGGGAUCGGAUGCACCGAAGCGCGCCAGCGGUGUGAAGACGAGCCCAGCUGUCACUCAUCUCUCACCGCGUAUCUGUCCCACUGCGGACAGCUGUUUAACGGGAGGAAGUGUUCGUCCCGGUGCAGAUCCACCAUCGAGGAGCUGCUGUUGAAGCCCAGUGGUGUGCUGCUCAAUCAGUGCGUGUGUGACGGGCUGGAGAGGCCGUUCUGUGAGGUGGUCAAACAGAAUAUGGUCAAACUGUGUUCGACACAAGACAACAGCGUCUCCAUUGACCACGAUGGCACAGACGAUGCAUACGAGGACGAGGAUUACGAGGCGAGACCGACUUAUGCUGACGCGGUGAUGUCGGGUUCGAGUCCUUUAACUCGUUCUCAACACUUAGUUCUGCUGUGCAUUGCAUUCGCUCUGGCGUUCACACUUUAACGUGUGUGACUGCUGAACGUUUAGUGCUCGUCAUCAGCUGUUCUGAUUCCAGACUCUGUGUUGUUU